GUUAAAUGUACCCUGCGGCAUACGGAAUCUACAUGUGCUCUAAUGAUGAGAUUUUCAACAACGCGCCGGUUUCUCUAUAUUGCACUCCAAUAAGCCGUCGAUCGUUUCAUUGGAAGUGCGACCAUUUCUCGCAUGAUGGGUUAGAGCCGACUCCAAAAUGCCGCAAAGUUAUUAUUCCGGUUGCAACUUGUUGGUGGUUUUUGUGGUUUUGAACGGUGCUUGGUGUUUGGAUACCAAGGAAUUUCAAAAAACUUUACCUGCUCGACUGGUCUGGGGAGUACCUGGAAAAGACGCUGAGUUGCCCUGUGAUAUAACUCCAGCCCUACCGAACGAUAACGUUACAAUGAUUUUUUGGUUCAAAGAUAACCAGGGAAUGCCACUAUAUAGCUUGGAUGCACGUCACGGGCCUAUCAGCAAAGCUUCGCAUUUAGCUAUGAGCGAUGAUCUUGGAUCCCGGAGCUAUUUUAUUACAGAAGAUGAGUCCGGAAAAGCGAGGCUUCGUAUACAGAACGUCAACGUCAAUGACGAGGGACUUUUUAGAUGUAGAGUAGAUUUCGUUAAUUCACCUACCAGAAAUUAUCAAGUCAACCUAACUUUAGUGGCACAACCGUCAGCCCCGAGAGUAUUUGACGCUGAAGGACGUGAAAUUAAAAUCGGCCAUUCCGCAGGACCUUUUUUAGAAGAUCGUGAAUUGUUUUUGUCCUGUCAAGUAACCGGCGGCCGCCCUAAGCCGAGCCUCGUUUGGUGGUUCAACGGGACCAUUCUGGACAGCGUGAUAGACUCGAGCAGAGAUUCCUACACCACUGUAAAUCAACUUGUGAUAACCUCUACCCCGAGGUACCUAAAGGGGGCUCAGAUCAAAUGUAUAGCUUCUUCGUCUGAAGCCGCCGGUUAUAUUUCUAGAGAAAUACCGCUCACAGUAUUCCUAAAGCCGAAUAAAGUGAAGAUAGUGAGUCCGAACGAUCUGCUGUCCAUCAGCAAGUCGCAGAACAUAAGAUGCGAGACCUCGGGCUCUUAUCCACCUGCCAAACUAACUUGGCUACUUGAUGGAAGGGCCAUUAGGAACGCCGUUGUUACAGAGGAAGAAACGGAAAGUUUCACAGGAAGCAUUCUAUCGCUUAAUGUGGCACCAGACGACGACGGCAAGGAUCUCGUGUGUCGAGCAGACAAUCCAAGAUUUCCCGGGGGACACGCCGAGGAUCGGAGACAGAUACAUGUUGCUUAUCCUCCGAGAGUUUCUGUGGAGUUGGUCGGAACUCAGAAUCCCGUCAGAGAAACCACUGAUGUGACGUUAAGGUGUAAAACAUCAGCAACUCCUCCGGCGGAUAGUUACAGUUGGUAUCAUAAUAGUCAUUUAAUUCCGCACAACACAACAGCAGGAAUUCUUCCGGAAGGGGACAGGCUAUUUUUGAAGAACGUCAAAGAAAGUUUCGCAGGAUAUUACGCGUGUUCCGCCAAAAAUAUCGAAGGAGAAACGUACAGUUCGCCAAUGGAUCUUAUUGUUCAAUUCGAACCCCGUUGCAAAAAAGGAUACGAAGCGAUGCGAGUGGGAGCCUUGCCGUUGGAAACGUUGGCGGUUCAAUGUCACGUCGAUUCGGUGCCCGAAGUGUCCCGGUUUUCUUGGACUUACAACACCAGCAAGGGCGUUUUGCCGGUGCACGGCGGAAAGAUCGAAAGUCGGGGCGACGUGUCGAUUCUGAGGUUCACGCCGGGAUCCGACGACGUCGAAUCGUUGUCCUGUUGGGCGUCUAACAGCGUCGGGAGGCAACAGAGGCCUUGUCUGUUUUUUAUCACUCCGGCAGAGGCUCCAGAAUCGCCGAAAAGUUGCCUUGUUAGGAACGCGACGAACGGCGAGGGCUUGGAGGUGUCUUGUAUCGCAGGCAAAGACGGCGGCCUACAUCAGAGCUUCAUCUUGGAAGUUUUCGACGUAUCCGCUCCCGCCGAUCCCCAAGCAGGUGUUACCACCCUCAGCGAUCAAGGCGAUCUACCACCUCCAAAAUAUCGUGUUCUAGGAGAACGCCCGCUGUUUUAUCUACACAAUCUUCAGCCCGGCAAGGAUUACCAAGUAUCUGUGUAUGCCGAAAACGCUAAAGGAAAAAGCCACCCACCUGUGAUAUUACCUAAUGUUAGAAUAGACAAUCAAUUGACAUCUCUCUUCUUUAACAACGAAGAUGUUCCCUCUUCAAAUCCUGCUGCAGAAGCAUCUCCUUCAAGCGUAAAUCUCACAGUUAUCGUAGUGAGCUUGGCUGCAGCUGCAGUCGUUCUCAUAGUUAGCAUAAUAUCAGUGGCGGCGAUUCUAGCUUGUCGUAGGCCCGGCGUCGUUCGAAUGCGGCGAAGGAGCAGCAAACCACCGGAAGAAUUCGACCUUUCCGAAGCCGGUUUCGGCGAAGGGUUCCACAGAAGAAGCGCCCAAUACAGGGCGAGCAUGUACGGCGAAUGCGAAGAAAGGAUAUCCAGGAUGAUCGAAGGUACACAUUCGAAAGAUAAACGUUUAUUCUCGUAUUUAACGGCUCGCCCUCGAUUGCAGUAAAAGUUUAUUGUCGAAAUUGCUUCGGCGUGUAAUUUAAUUUGUCGAGAGGAGAAAAUCGCAUUCGAACCGACUCGAAUCGAUGGCGAGUCUAAUGAGUCUUUUCGGAAAAAAGCGGGCCGCAGAACCGGAGUCCAACCUCGUCAGAUAACGAGCAAAUUUUAAUCAAACAUCAAAUCUCGGUCCCCUCAAUUGAAAUCCCGCUCGAAGUUGCACGGAAUUACAAGCGGUAUGUAAGUGAACCAAGUAACCAACGGAAAGAGUUCGGUCACCAUACCAUGUGCCGGUAUCCGGUAUACACUAAAGUUUAAUAAAUUCAAUAAAUCGUACUAACAUAGGUACAAUUUACUAGUUGAAAGUAUCUUAUAAUCGACACUCAUAAUCGACACUACAAGUUGAUUGUUACGCUUGAAUUGUAAGCUUAUUUCAUUCAGGCAUGCGAAUUAGUUGCAACAACUAGACACGGAAAUAUUGUGGGCAGUCUUUUGGAUUUCACCGGAAGAUGCCGUCCUAGCGAGGUAUUGGGAAUUAACGGGAUACGAAGCUUCGCAAGCGAACUGGAUUCCAUUGAUAAGGUUUAAAGAUUUACUCUACACAUUCAGGGACGGGGAAAAAUACCUCUUUAAAGAUUUAUUCGAGGCCGGUUAUUUACAGUACCUACUGCCUUUAUGACUUGAACAGUUACAGUUUGUUAAUCAAUAUGUUUAUAGGAAAAAUUCGUUAGGAAAACUAAUGAAUAUUCAAAUUUAUGAAGAAUGGAAUAAUAUGGGUAUGGAUUUUUUUAAUGUUUAAUGAGAGGAAACUGAUUAAUUAUUCAUUAAGAAUUCGAUUCGAUCCGAUUCAAUAAAAGAUGAAAUGUUAAGAAUAAAGAAGCUAGCCAAUUGAUAUACUUAAUAAUUAUAACCCCAAUAUAUUGCCAAAUUUUCGUCUUUUAAAAUAACAUUAAAUAUUUACUUAGCAAAGUCACCUUAAGAGUCUUGUAAAUCCCAAAUUAAUUAUCCAAAACCAACUAAACAAUCUUUU